UAAACAUCGCUUUAUAACAGCUAAAAGCUGCAUUGAAGGCGGAAAGGAUGCAUUGUUUGCAAUGAUCGCGCGAGCCACCUGAGCUGUUAGCCGCAAUGCUACUGAGUAGGCCUUUACCGGGGCUCUUUGAGUGAUUUCAGUUGUUCUGCUGCUGCCAAGUGGUUCACUAUGGCCCAGAACCAGGUGAUCCUGCAGUUCAGAUUCGCCACGUUUGGAGACUCUAUGCUGCAGAAGAUGAAUCUUCUUCGACACCAGAGACGCUUCUGUGACGUCAUUGUCCGCAUCAACCAGUUAGAGGUUCCUGGUCAUAAAGUAGUGUUUGCUGCUGGCUCGUCCUUCCUGAGGGACCAGUUUAUUUUACAGCAGGACUCCAAGGAGGUCCAGAUCUCUAUGAUCCAAGAGGCAGAAGUUGGCAGGCAGCUGCUGCUUUCUUGUUACACCGGCCAGCUGGAGUUUCCUGAACUGGAGCUUGUGCAUUACCUGACAGUGGCCAGCUUUCUCCAAAUGGGCCACAUUGUGGAGCAGUGCACCCAGGCCCUCAACAAGUUCAUCAAACCUCAGGCCUCCCGCCAGCUGGAGUUGGAUGUGGAAACAAGGAGAGAGAAAGGAGGGGAAGGUUCCUCCUCCCAGGCUCAGAGGGAGCUUGAGCGUACUCAGGUGCGGACCGUACCUGAGGGAGUGGAGGAGGAUGAGGAGGACGAGGAGGAUGAAACAGUAGUUAUGGGAAAGGUUGAGGGAGAAAACAAUGUUGAGAGUGAUGAUGAAGAUGAUGAGGAUGAUGAUGUAAUAAUACAACCCAAGAGCCCUGUCCAGAUUUGGAGGAAGCGUCCAAGGCCAGGUUUGGUGGAAAAUGACAUCACCAUAGUGAAAGUGGAGUCUGUAAAUGAUGUCACCGAAAACACCAUCACUGGUCACUUCUCUGCCAGCCCCCCCGCUGCGCUGCACUCCCCCGAGCCCCAACACUCGCUCAUCAACUCCACUGUGGACAGCCGUGGCAGCGAGACAGCAGUCCCACCUGACAUGGCCGGUUAUCCCCUUAGCCCCCCUCCCUCGUCCCCGCCCACGGAGAAGCACAGCGGACACCAGAGGAACUAUGACAAACCGCUGCAGUGGUAUCACCAGUGCCCUAAAUGUGCCAGGGUCUUCCGCCAGCUGGAGAACUAUGCCAACCACCUCAAGAUGCAUAAGUUGUUCAUGUGCCUCCUGUGUGGGAAGACCUUCACCCAGAAGGGAAACUUGCACCGACAUAUGCGCGUCCAUGCUGGCAUCAAGCCCUUCCAGUGCAAAAUAUGCGGCAAGACAUUCACCCAGAAGUGUUCACUUUUGGAUCACCUAAACUUGCACAGUGGGGACAAGCCGCACCGCUGCAACUAUUGCGACAUGGUGUUUGCUCACAAGCCUGUGCUACGAAAGCACCUCAAACAGAUCCACGGCAAGAACAGCUUUGAUAACGCAAAUGAAGGCAGCCUGCAUGAGAGCGGCCUGGAGUUUGAUUUUGGGCGAAUGUAGAAUACCUUUCAAUGAUCUUAUUUCUUCAGAUAUAGGUGAUCAGUUCUCAAAGAUCGUCACUGUGGUUGACUUUAUGCUUUUAAAAAAAAGGAAUUUAUUCAUAUCUGCACUUCCCCAUGGCUUCUUUACAAAGGACUGUUGUAUUUUACUGUAUACUGGUGACAGUCUGCAGGUUUUGCAACCACAGAACGGAGGUCCAAGGUCUAUAUUCACAAAGAAUCCUAAAACUGAAAAUACAUGAUGAUGUCACUUGAGGGAAAAUCUUAAAACUUCCUGAAUGCCAAGUCAUUUCUCAGAAUUUUACCCCGGAGUGAUAAAGGUAUUCACAAAGCCUUAUAGGAAUAUAGUUACGUUAAAUGUCUAGACAAAAAAAAUACUCAAAACCAUUUGAUAAUAUUAAGAAUAAGAAUUCAUGAAUAAAAUAGGGUGAUAAACACCAAGCCUCCAUCUUGAUAGCACUUAGACUAGGGCUGCAACUAACAAUUAUUUUGCAUUAACAAUAGUAAUCAAUAAUAAUCGGAUAGCAAAAGGUUCCUUAAAAAAGAUUUUUUGUGAACGUAAAUCAGGUGAAACUAAAACUUGCAUAUUGACAGACGAAAAAUCAUUUUUUUUUUAUCUUCAAUGCAAAAUGUUUAUAGUAUAUAGUAUAUACAAUAGUAUAUUCAAACCCUAAAAUUAUGGCUUCUGUUUUCAGUGUGCCACCCCAAGAUUUUUAGUGGCCCCAUCUGGCCACCUCUAUUAAACAUUUCUGCAGGCGCCACUGGUUAGGAGCUCUCUGAAAGGAUUGAAAAUCUUUGUGAAUACAAACCAGAUAGUUUUGCUUUAAACUUUAUUUUUCCCUUUUUUCAGAACAAUGUAGUGCAGAUGCCUUUGUGUCAUACUUGAAACUUAAACACUGAACCGCAAAUCUAAUGACUAAGUCUUCUGGUGAAUCCUGCUCUGUGUGUUGUGUCUUGCAUAAAAAAAAAAAAUAAUCAACAGAAACAUGUACAGUAUCUGUUUGUAUGUUGUGUUAAACAUCUGUAGCUGAUCUUUAUUGUCUGUAUUAAUAUGUCAACAGGAUGUUCAUAAGCAGAAGCAACUUGAAAGCUUGUUGGUACUAAAAUAUUGUUCUGGAGAUGUUUUGUUGUUUGUGGAGGUAGAAUCUGUUUGUAUGACCUGAGCUGUUUUCUAUAGACUCGGUAUCAGAUGUACAGUUGGACCAAAAUAACAUUGUCUUUUUUUUUUGGUCAUGGCAUUUAAAGUUCUCAGUGAAAAUAUUAAAUGCAUUAAUAUGAAAUACAAAUAAAGGUAUGAGCAUUAU